AACAUCCAUGCAAGUUCCAGGCAAUUCACUUCACGCCCGUAAACUGCCUGGCUAAAAUUCGUAUUAUGACAUACAUUUAUUAGGCCGCCUUCUGAAUUGUUCACUUUGUCUAUGGCUGGUUUGUAAUGUUUGCCGGCAGCGUUCGGAAGUAUACAUAUUUUUUUAUCGGUAAGUUACGGUUUUCUUUUAGUAUUAAAAAAUAAUAAAAUAUAUUCCCAAAAUAGUAUAUUUCAUAAAACAAUACGUACAAAACAUAGUGAAACAUAAAUCAAAUAAUAUUGACCUUGGAUAACAAUUUAAAUUGGACUUGUACGUUAUGUGAUAUAGAUAUAGUUUUCGAACGCAGCUUGUACACUGCGGUUGAUUCAACUCAACGAGAGGCGGGAAUUACAAGUGGUUGGUGGCAUUGUAUGUGCUUUGUUCAAAGAACGAAAUAAUGGCCUCGACUUCGGAAAGUCUACCAAAUCGUCGUCGACGGGUAACAUAUAACCAGCUAGAAGUGUUGUGGGACUUCCUAAAUACUAAUAAAGAGGUGGCGUUAGGAUAUAAUAAAAGCGCUCAUGCUCGGGAACAUUCAAGGAGGAUGUGGGAAAAUGUUUCCGAGCAUUUGAACGCGCAAGGUGAAGGCGCUGUGAAAAGCGGCAAGGAUUGGUGUACUUAUUGGGUCGACUAUAAAUCGAAAUUGAAAAGAAGGGCGUCAACAGUCAGACUUUCGCAGACUCAGACUGGUGGCGGACCUCCAAGUGUCCCUCCUCUCAGCGACAUUGAAAAAAAAUUUAUAUCAAUAAUGGGUGAGGGUUAUGGUAGUGGAUUACCUAAUGUACAGGUGGACCCUUUUGCUCCACAAGCCAUCACUAGCUCUGCUGCAGCAACAGAAGGGGCUAUGGUUGUCUGGCCUGCAGACUCACCUAAUUUAAUUGAGAGUAUAUCACGUCAGGAAGAGGUACCAUCGCCGGCAGCGGUGCCACCAGUAAUACCACAGCAGGAGGGGCUACCAACACAGCCUCCUCUGGUACAACCUCUUCAAGGGGAAAUACCACUCCCUCGCUUAGUACCCCGUGUACGUUCACGCCGGCGACGUGGCAUGAGCAAGGAGGAGGCUCGCCGGCAACUCGUACAAUUAAGCCAAGAAAGAUUGGCAGUGGACCAAGAAAGAUUGGCAGUGGACCAAGAAAGAUUGGCAGUGGACCAAGAAAGAUUGGCAGUGGAAAGAGAAAAUGCAGAAUCAUUAAAACAAAUACUUAUAGGAAUUAAUAAAAUAGCGGAUAAAAUGGACAGAACGGGAGGCAGAGAGACGAGUGACGAGGGCGCUUCUAGCAGCUAAGCCAUCUCUCAACUCACGGGCGCUGCCUGUUGCACCCUGUGCAUGGUGAGGCUGUGACUGCUGCAUGCUUGCUUCGUACACCAACUCCUCCUCUGACAAUUCAG